CCGUUCUUCUGGUGAGUCCUACUAUUCCAACGUAGUUAGAACACUACGGGUUGGCGGGCGUCCGAUGAGUCCGUCCAACAAACAGACCGUGGUUAUUCCCAUCAGGUGUACUGACGAGUCUAACCUUUCAGAUAAAGGGAAGGGUCCUGCUGUUGUCGGCUCCCCUAGCCUCUCUGACGAUGAAUCUUCUCCAGCCUUUGGAAAGAUGUCGUCGUCUGAUCGUGAGAAGCUCAAGACGGAGCUGUUCAAGUGCUUUCCCGAAACUUAUAUCAAGGGGUUAAGGGGAGCAUCGUCUGGGCAUGUAGGUUACAUGUCUCAGCUUGCUGCCGAGCUUUUUGCUCGCAGCAUGAUAACAGAAGACUGGGCGAAGGAGCUCAGAAAAGAGAAUAAAAAGCUCGUCCAUGACGUAACUGCGGCCGCCGACCAUGCUCAGUUCGUCAUUUCCGAGCAAGAGGUGUUGCACCAGCAAACCAAAGUUGCUUUGGAAAAAAGGUCGGCUGAGCUGGAGUCUCAGAUCAAAGUCUAUCUCUUCUCGGUUGACGGAGAUGAUAGACGAACGGGCUUCGUUGGAACGGUUUCUGACGGACGAGAGGAAUUCAGCCAUGACUAUGGCUGCCGAUUUUCUCAAGGAAAACCUCGUCCUGAAGGUCAAAAACCAAGCCCUUCGAACUGA